AUGCCUUCUUAUCUUGUCACAGGUGCCAGCCGUGGGCUCGGAUUCGAAUUUGUUCGGACGCUUUCCCAGGACGAAAAUAAUACUGUCAUUGGUCUCGUCCGCAACAAGGCCGCAGCCGAAGCAAAGGCUAAGGAAGAGGCACUGGAUAAAGUCCAUUUCGUUGAGGGCCAAUACACUGACAUCAAGUCUCUGAAAGCAGCUGCGGAGGUGGUGAAAGGCAUCACCGGAGGCAGUCUUGACUAUCUAAUUAACAAUGCCGCGGUUGUGUCCCAUGUUAGCGAAUUCAAGACCCUCGGUGACUUUGACGAUGACUUCGAUGCCAUGGAGAGAGAUAUCCUUGAAUCACUGGAGAUCAACCUGCUAGCCGUCAUAAAAUCAAUACACGCUUUUGUGCCUCUGAUUCGCAAUGGCAAGGCCAAAAAGGUCAUAACGAUCUCAACCGGAAUGGCAGAUCUAGACUUGAUCAAUUCGACCGAAGUGACCUUUGCCAGUCCCUACGCCAUCAGUAAGGGUGCGGUUAAUGUCGCAAUUGCCAAAUACAAUGCCCUUUAUAAUAAAGAGGGUAUCUUGUUCCUUGCUGUUAGCCCUGGUUAUGUGACAACGGAGCGAAAUACAGAAGAACCCUCACCCGAAGAUGUCGAAAAGAUAGCAGUUCUUGUUAAGAAAUUUGUCGAGUAUGCACCGCACUUCCAGCGCCCCAUAACCCCCAAGGAGUCGGUUGCUGCUGUUCUUUCGGUUAUGAACAACGCCUCGAUCGAGAAGGGCGAUGGUGGCGCGUUUAUUUCGCAUUUGGGAAACAAACAGUGGCUUUGA